UACCUCGAUCAUACCAAUUUAAACAAACCUCGGGAUAUUUCAAAUCUUAUUCAAACACAAAAGAUUACUUCAGUUCAAAUUCAAUCUGAUAUAAACAAAUGUAUCUUGAACUUAGAUAUUUCAAAUAACAAAAUAAAUGAUUUGGAAAAUUUAGCAGUUAGCAAAAAUUUAACACUAAAUGAUUUUUUUAAAAAUUUGGUGAGGUUAGAUGUAAGUAAUAAUGGACUAAAUGAAUUGUCAAUAAGAUUUUGUUCUUUAUUGUACUCAUUAAAAUCGUUAAGAGCUUCCAAUAACAAUUUAAAACAACUCCCAUACAGCCUUUUAAAGCUAGAGAAAAUUAUAGAACUUGAUGUUUCGUCAAAUCACAUAUCGACUAUUGAACCAGAAAUGAUUCCUAUAACUAAAUCGAUUCAAAAACUAGACAUAAGUAACAAUCAGCUCACUAAAUUUUCGGUAUUGGUUCUGCACAAGUUUCCAUGUCUUCAACACUUGUUUUUGUCAAAAAAUAAAAUUACAACCUUGCUGGUAUCAGGAGAGCUUGUUUCUUUAAAAACAUUAAAUUUGAGUUUUAACCAACUGACUAAAUUACUGUCUCGUUCCAUUGAAUGCUUUGUUUCUUUAGAGAAACUAGAUUUAUCGCAUAACUUUUUAAAUGAUUUACCAAAUUAUAAUUCUUCAUCUUUGCUCCAUCUUUCUAUUUUGAAUUUGUCACACAACAGGAUUAAAGCUAAAGGUCCAUUUUAUCUACCUAAAUUUAUUUUGGACUUGCCAUCCCUGAUCUGUCUUGAUAUCUCAAAUAAUUCCUUAACAUGUCUCCCUGAUUUGCAUUACUGGUCAUCUAAAAAAAUUAGAGUGUUAAACUUUUCUAAUAAUGAUAUAACAGAAUUACCUUUAAACAAAGAUUCAAAAUUUUGUUGGCCAAAAAUAACAAACUUAAUUAUUUCAAACAAUAAAAUCAAAGUUUUACCACCUUAUAUUGGAGAAUUAAGUUCUUUAUGCGAACUUGAUGUUAGUAAUAACAAGCAUUUAAAAAUUCUACCAGAUGAAAUUGGUAAACUAGACAAAUUGUAUAAGUUUCCAUUAACUGGAUUGAAUUUACGCCAUGGUGCUGCUGUUUUAAAUGGAUCACCCGGAGAUCUUGUUUUGUAUUUUCGUUCAAAGCUGGAAAAAUCUGUUCCAUACCGACGCAUAAAGUUAAUGUUAGUAGGAUUAGCUGGACGAGGAAAAACGUCUCUUAUUUCACAGCUUUCAAAAACAGCUCACUCGCCAAACAAACUUGCUACUGUAGGCAUUGAAGUAAGAAGCUUUGAUUUAAAACCACCUGGUUCGGCUCUUAAUAGAACAAGUUCAAAAUGUCCAUCAUUUUCAGUGAAUGCCUGGGAAUUUGCUGGCCAAGAGGAUUUUUACAGCACACAUCGAUAUUUUCUUAGUUCUCGAGCUUUAUACUUAGCAGUUUAUAACGCAAGUAAAGGUGAGGAAGAAUUAAAAAUGCUUACUCCUUGGUUAUUAAAUAUACAAGUUGUAGCUCCUAAAUCCAAAGUUAUUUUAGUAGGAACACAUGCUGAUUUGUGUACACAAGAGUGUUUGCAAUCUCUAAAUGCAUUUACUAAAUAUUUUUUGGAUAGUUCUGGAUUUCCAACGUUUCAUGAUACUUCGAUUGUUGACUGCACAAAAGAAAAUAAUACGAUUGUACUUCUCAGAGAGAAAAUCUAUAAAUGUAUAAGCAAGUUUAUGUUUGAGGGAAAACCUAUUUUAGAAAAGAUGGUUCCCCAAAGCUAUGUUAAACUUGAAAACUUUAUUUUUGACAAGGCUAAAACAAUGCACAACUCUGGGGAACUCCCUAUAUUGAGUAGAAAUCAUUUGCACCAGCAUUCAAUUGAUCAUGGAUUACAACUAGAAACUGAUGAAUUCAACAGAGCCUUGAGGUUUCUGACUGAAACAGGUUCGAUACUAACCUUUAACGAUCCAGUUUAUGAUAUAAAAAACUUUGUUUUUAUUGAUCCACAAUGGUUUUGUAAAAUGAUGGCUAGCGUUGUCACUAUUAAGGAAAUUAACCCUUAUAUUUCGAAAAGAGGCAUCUUGUCUAAAUCAGAUGCAUUCGACCAUCUUUUUCCAAAGUCUUCUUUUCCUCAAAGUUUUGUCGAAAUAUUUUUUCGGUUGUUGCAACGAUUCGAAGUUUUGCUACCAAUAUCAGACGACAAUUAUUUAGUGACAUCAAAGUUACAGAACUCUUCACCAAAAAAUCUCAUAGCAGAUAAUUUAAGUUAUUUUGAUGAUGCAAAAAUCAUAACCAGAAGAUAUGAUUUCCCGCAUAUUCCUAUUGGAUUUUGGCCAAGAUUAAUUGCACGCAUCCUUUCAUUUCCUGAGCUUACUAGUAGUAUACGCCCGAAGAUGUUAAGUUUAAAGACGGAUUAUUGGCAAAAUGGUGCUUAUCUUGAUUGUUCAGACGCAUUUUGCCUGGUUUCAGGUGAUAACAAAAAUUUAAACAUCUUGGAUGUUCGAAGCCAAAGGUCUUUUGCAGGUUAUCAACUUUUUGUAGGUAUAAUUGAUCUCAUUGAUGGCUUAGUUGAUGAAUGGUACCCUGGACUUAUGGAUAUAUCUCAGAAAAGAACCAUAAAGCGACUUGUGCCUUGUCAAAACUGCAAAAUUAAUGAAAAAAGAUUUACUUUUGAUUUGAAUAUUUGCAUAGCCUCCUCAUACACAUCUGAUAAUAUUAAAUGCACCGAAUGUAAUCAAUUUUCUGAUAUUGGCUUUAUUGCACCAGAUGCUGUAUUUGCUGAUUUGGGUGAUCUUGUUUUUUCAAAUUGGGAUAAUAAAUUUUUGGAUAAAAAAUAUAAGCUAGGAGCUGGCGCUUUUGCAACUGUAUAUAAAGUAAAAAUCAAUGGAAUUGAUAUUGCUGCAAAGGUAUUUAAUGAAUCUACUGGAUACUGUCCAAACCGCAUGUUGAGACAAGAAGUUGAUAUUUUAAAGCGUCUACAUCAUCCUUGUAUUAUUUCCUUUAUUGGAGUAAGUAUACGCCCUCGUGCUCUUCUAAUUGAAUAUAGUCCUUUAGGAAACUUAGCAGAUUCCAUAGCUUCAAAAAAUAUUUCAAAAAACAAAAGUUUGACACAUAAGAUAGCUUUGCAGAUAGCAGAAGGUCUGGCUUUUAUUCACAAACAUAGCAUUGUAUAUCGAGAUUUGAAACCAAAAAACAUUAUUGUUUUUUCGUAUUCGUUAAGGGCACCUGUUAAUGUUAAACUUUCUGACUAUGGUAUAUCUCAACAUAAAACAUAUCAGGGUUUAAUUGCUAAUAUGGGAACACCUUCAUAUCAAGCUCCUGAAGUUGGAUGCGAAGAUAGCGAGUAUAGCAUUGAGGCUGACAUUUUAUCUUAUGGUGUUACAAUAUAUGAGCUUGUUUCUAAUGGUAAAAAACCAUUCAGAUAUUUUAAUCGUCAGAAAGAGUUUGAAGAUGCUGUUUUAAGUAAUAAGCCUAUUGACUCCUUAAUUUCUCAUGGUUUAGCGCCUUGGCCUGAUAUGGAAGAGCUUAUAAAGAAUUGUCUUCAAAAAAAUCCAGAGGUGAGACCAAAAGCUGAAACCAUUGUAAAAGCACUCACGAAUAUUGAUCUUUUGUGUUUAAAGAAACAUGUCGCAGUUUGCAAAAGACAAUUUAUUGAUUGUUUGACAACUUGUAGUUAUUUUGAAUCAAAAGUUGAACAUAUUGAGGUGUGGGCUGCUAGUAGUGGCUGUGGAUUAAACAGUCAAUUGACAUGGUUUUCUGUUGAACAAACAAAAAAACAAGGAGUACAAGGUACCAUGACAAAAAUUGAACGAAUCUUGUGUAUGAUUUCAUAUAAGCAUUUUAUUAUCGUUGGAACAAAAGAACGUCGUGUGGCUUUAUAUGACGCGAAGGUAAAGUGUUUUAAACAUGAGUUAGCACAAUUCUCGGAUUCUAUAUUGUGCAUAUUACAUACACGGGGUUUGUUUUUAUUUGGACUAGCUGAUGGGAAUAUUGCAGUACUUACUACUGAUGGUAUUUUGAAUCCAGACAAGAACCCUCGAUAUAUAUGUUUAAACGAUGAAAUAAGUCGAAAUCCAAUUUUCUGCAUGACUCAAAGUCAAGACCAGAUUAUAUGCGGCUAUGGUGAAGAUAUUAAAGUAUUAAAUUUGCCUACUUUUGAUUUAUUGCAAACAGUUUCUGCUACAAAUGCACAAAAAAACGCAGUGUCUUCUAUUAUUGUUUCUCAAAAUCGUUUAAUAAUAAGCUCUAAAAAAAGUUGCAAGCUUAUGGUUUACACAUAUACAGGUAAUAGAGUUGAUGAGUCUGAUAUGAGUGUUUAUGAUUGCUCAGAGAUUUUAAAAAAAGAUUAUCCUAAUACUAUCGAAAGCGAUUGUUGCGUAACAACCUUAGCAUUAGUGGAUACUUCAUCCUUAUGGAUUGGUUGCGGUGGAGGCCAUUUAAUUAUUGUUAAUGUUUUGAAGUCCUUUUUCCAAGAAGCUACUAUUAUUUUGAGACACUUAGGUGCUGUGCGUUCAAUUACUUCAACACCAAAACAUAGCGGAGAGCCGGUGUCUGUAAUAACAAGUGGUCAAGGAUUCCGACAUUUCCGACAUAUAUUAGCUUGUAGUGAUGAUAAAUUUCUCAUAAAAAAUGACGUUGAAGAGUGUGAAUAUAUUUUACUAUGGGACGCUGAGGUUUUAAAGUUAAAGAAACAUUUAACAACAGAGACAAAAAAUCGCGACGACUUACUUACUAAACUUUCAGUUAAAAUGAAAAUGUUUGCAAUUCCCCUCUGAUUUUUCCAUUAUUGAAAUAACAUAGUUUAAAAGAAAUUCCUUAAAAGUUUAUGUGCAAAUAUAAUAAUAUAAAAGAGUUUUAAAA